AAAAGUUGAAUCGGAUAUCUAAAAAUUCGGAUCAGUUACAAAUGGAAUUAUUGGAUUUUUGGAUUGUCUCAUAGUUUUAUACAGGCCUACAACUCUGCACCACCAAACCAACUGUUCCCAAGUCCCAACUUCCCAAUCACCACAAAACCAGUACUUCUAUUCUUGACCAAAUCAGAAAAACAAAAAUUAAACCCAACAGUCCAUACUAACAAUCAUCUCUAAUGGUGGAGAGAAGGAAGCCAUUGGUGCUUGCUUCCACCAAAGCCCUUCUCAACUCCGUCCUUCAAAACCCCACCUUCGCAACCAGUAGCGCAGCAGAUGCCAAGGUUGACGAUAAUGCCCUCGCUUCCUUCGAUGCUUCCCCACCAUCCCUUCAGUUACAAGCUGGAAUUCUUCGGUUUCACAAGGAUAAAGAUGGAAUUCCACCAAGAAUUGCUUCUCUUGAUGAUUCUUCCCUUGUUGGUCUCUCUCUUGCUGACCUUAAACGUCUUGCCAUCACUUCAGGCUCUCUGGUGUUUAUCAAAAAUAUUGAGACCAAUGCUCGAAGAAUUGGCCAAGUUGUAGUUUUAGAUCCCCCUCUUUCUGAGGAUGAAAUAUCGCCUGCUGCCGGAGAAGGCACCUGUGCCUCUGAGACAAUGCUUAUAUUACCAUCAUUGACUUUCCACCAAAGCUACCUCCAGCCUUUGAGAAAAAAUGUUGCCUAUCUCUCUCCUUUCCUGGCAUUUAAUGUGGACCUUCAUACGUCGUGCUUGACAUCUCUUCUUCGCAAUGGAAAGGAGUCUCUAGCAACUAUAUUUGAUGUUGAUGAGUGUGCAGAGAAAAGUGAACUAGGGCUCGAGAAUUGUUUUGUCAAUUUGAGGUUGGAGCCUUGGCCCCAUGUGCCACGAUAUGCAUCACAUUUAAGAAUAUCUUUUUUGAAGGUACCCGAGUGUGGUACCAUUGAAUCUCUUAGAGGAAAGUCUCCCAUUGAAGCUGUGGAUCGUCAAGAAAUGAUUGAUUUGGCAUUACAAGAGUAUUUCAAUAUUGAUAGAUAUCUUGCUAAAGAUGAUGUGUUCAGUAUACAAAUUGACUGGAGUUGCAAUUCAAUCCUGUGUGUCAGUUGUAGCCUGAAAAAGAAGAAUGAUGGAGGUGAUAUUAUUUAUUUCAAGGUUGUUGCCUUGGAUCCUCCAGAGGAACUUAUUCUUCGUGUUAACCGUAAACAGACAGCUCUUGUUCUUGGUGGAAGUGCUGCCGCUGCUUUCCCCCCAGAUAUGUUAAUCGCUGCUGAGCCUGCUGGAAUUGCUCCUUUACAGAGAAAUACUGUAAAGGCCCUGGGUUGCAUCCUUACUCCAUCUCUAUGUCCAUCUGUACUUUCAUCCAAAUUCAGCGUCUCUGUCUUACUGCAUGGUUUGGCAGGAUCUGGAAAGAAGACUGCUGUCAAAUAUGUUGCUCGCCGACUUGGUCUGCAUGUGGUAGAGUACAGCUGUAAUGCUUUGAUGGAAGGGUCUGAGAAAAAAGCGUCUUCAUUACUAACUCAGGCCUUCAGUACAGCUCAUAGAUACUCUCCAGCUAUAUUGUUACUGCAGCAUUUUGAUGUCCUCCGCAAUUGGGCAUCCAAUGAGGGUUCGCAAUCUGAUCACACUGGUAUUAUUUCUGAGGUGGCGUCUGUUAUAAGGAAAUUCACACAGCCAGUUGUCAAGGUUGAGGAUGUACCUUUAGAGGAGAAAUUGAAUGGUAGCCCAUUGCAGAGUGCUGAAAGAAUAAGGCGACCCCAGGUCUUGUUGAUUGCAGUAACUGAGAGUACGGAGGGCCUGCCACCUACUGUAAGACGCUGCUUUAGCCACGAGCUUAAUCUGGAGCCUUUGACUGAAGAAGAAAGAGCUAAAAUGCUAACCAAAUCAUUGCAAAGCAUUCCUGAAAUCUCUGCUGAUGGUGGCAUAGAGAAUGUUGUUAAGGACUUAGUUGCUCAGACAUCAGGUUAUACACCCAGGGAUUUACUUUCACUAAUUGCUGAUGCUGGAGCCAACGUGAUCCCCAAAGAUCUUUUCCUAAGUGAACCUGAGAAGACAGUUGAGAAUAAAUUGCUAUCUAAAUCUGUUGGAGAGAUUAAUAAUCAGAUUUCAGGGAAAGAAGACUUGUCAAAAGUGUUAGAGCGCUCGAAAAAGAGGAAUGCAUCUGCAUUAGGCGCGCCGAAGGUUCCGAAUGUUAAAUGGGAAGAUGUUGGUGGGCUUGAAGAUGUGAAGAAAGCAAUUCUGGAUACUGUUCAGCUACCUCUCCUACACAAGGAUUUGUUUUCAUCUGGGUUGCGUAAACGUUCUGGGGUUCUUCUUUAUGGUCCUCCAGGCACUGGAAAGACUCUGUUGGCAAAAGCUGUAGCAACGGAAUGCUCUCUAAAUUUCCUAAGCGUAAAAGGACCUGAAUUAAUCAAUAUGUACAUAGGGGAGUCUGAGAAAAAUGUGCGAGACAUAUUUCAAAAGGCUAGGUCAGCACGUCCAUGUGUCAUUUUUUUCGAUGAACUUGAUUCGCUUGCCCCAGCUCGAGGUGCUUCCGGUGAUUCUGGGGGAGUUAUGGACAGAGUUGUUUCUCAGAUGCUAGCUGAGAUUGAUGGCCUCAGUGAUUCCACUCAGGACUUGUUUGUAAUUGGGGCAAGCAAUCGUCCUGAUCUUAUUGACCCAGCACUCCUGAGGCCUGGCCGAUUUGACAAGCUUCUCUAUGUUGGUGUUAAUUCUGAUCCAUCUUAUAGAGAGCGAGUCCUAAUAGCACUCACCCGGAAGUUUCAACUGCAUGAAGAUGUCUCUCUUUACUCAAUUGCAAAAAGAUGCCCGCCAAAUUUUACUGGUGCAGAUAUGUAUGCCUUGUGUGCAGAUGCUUGGUUUCAUGCUGCAAAACGGCAGGUCUUAAGUUCAGCUUCAGUUCCAACCAGUGACGAUAGCCAUAUGGACUCCAUUGCUGUGGAAUAUGAGGAUUUCAUCAAGGUCUUAGCAGAAUUACCUCCAUCUCUCUCCCUAGCGGAGCUCCGGAAGUACGAGAUGCUGCGGGAUCAAUUUGGAGGAGGUUCAAACUGACGACUUGGUGAAUCUGGGAAAGUGCUCGGGCAUCUAGCCUAAAAUCAAGGAUAUUUCAACCUUCUUUGGGGAUUAUUGAUCAAGGAUAUUUCAACCUUCUUUGGGGGUAGAUGAUCAAGGAUAUUUCAUCUUGUGGAUAGCCAAUUUGUAAGAAGUAUCUCAAUGUUAUGUUGAGGGCUAUUUCAUUCUUUAGUAGGCUGUUUUAUUCUUAUCAACAUGAAGUACAAAUAAUGUGUAUUCGAGUGUGAUUCCAUGUAUUAGAGCAUAUGUAUAGAAAUAAGAAUCAGGCCGAAUGCAUUUUUCUUAAACAUUGCCUUGUUUGGGAGAAAUAUGAAGAAGACUAGAGUUUUUUUGGUCUGCCUUUUCUCUAA